UCCUCUCCUCUCCUCUCCUCUCCUCUCCUCUCCUCUCACAGCAUUUCCAACAGUUAACUUCCAACGCGCCUCUUCCGAAUGGCCACCCGCUUCAGCUUUGCCUAUGUCAACAUGCGCAUGCAUGCACGUGUACUCCACUCCAUCUUUCUGCCUUGUCAUAUUAUUUUGCCUACGGUAGAUAUCGGCUGCCUUCGAGUUCUCGCCUCUGAUCGCCGCUCCUAGGCAGAUUCUCCCCUCUUGAUCUGCCUGUCUGCCUACCUCGCCUCCUACAGCACCAACUCAUGUCAUGUCCUGCAGUAGUUCGCACCGGUGCCUGGCAGAUAUCAGUCAGCAGGUCCACUGGAAAUCCAAGUAGACCAAGAAUUAUUGGACUGAUGAGACAUAAACAUAUCUUCUUUGCCCAUGCCUAUCUUCAUCUGUUCCACAGACCUGACUCUGCUGUCCUAUCCUAUCCUUUUACCAAGCAUUUGCAUUUCUCCUCUAGCUCUGCUUGAGUCAUCCUUUGACCUACAUACAUAUCGUAUCCUUGCCUUGCCUUGCCUGCAUACAUAAAUACGUCGUGGUACUCUGCGCCCCAGCACAUCCAGUGGAUUGGUUGGGAGUCGAUCGUUCCUUCCCUUUCAUUCGCCUGUGGCAAAUCUUGCAUGUACAAAAACGCACGCCUACAUACAAGUUCGCUGUAUCGCCAAGAAUUUUCCAUUCCGAAAGGACUGAAAUAUUCCUGACCGUCUUUUGAGUUUAAAUAUAUAUUUCAUAUUUUUCGCUCAAUAUCCUACCUGAACAAGCGCUUGUAUUGUGGGUAUACUUGCAGUCGUCACCAGAUAUCCUCAGCAAGGUUCGCGAGACACAUGUCAAGAAUCGCCUUGCAACGCCGGCCAUUAAGCAUUGAACAAACAGAACGUCGCCUGAUAGGCCAACAAAUUUCCAAGCAUGAGGCAGAAAUUACCACUCAACACAAUAAUGCAAUCCGCUUUUCCCCAAUCCAACUCAAACUCCACAGGAUCCGACUCCAUACCCGCGUUCUCACCCACCACAAUUCUAGAAACAUUCGUCCCAGGCUACGGACCCAUUCAUAAGUUUCUCCUCUACUCCUUUGGCUUCGACGUCACGAUCGUUGUCUCUCUAGGCGUUGGUCUCUUCUUAAGCGCCCGAAUCUUCCGCUCAAUAUGGGCCGUCCUGUACGCCAUCCUAAGCAGUAACUACAUGUCCGAGAUCACUGUCAGCAGCAAUGAUGAGAUCCACGCACACCUGAUAGCCUUCCUCGCGAACCAAUACAGGAUCAACUCGUCUCGUCGCCUCAUGGCUGACACGCCAUCGAAAAGCGCAUGGGAGCUUGACAGCGAGGAUACUGAGAAGGACGAGACCACGUUGGAUGCCGAAGGCAACAUCAAAUGGCUCAACUUCUCCAACCAGGAAGCUAAGUCACAACCGAGAUUUACGCCGGCUAUUGGGUCUCACAAUUUCUGGCACAAAGGGACGUAUUUCCAAUUACGACGCAAAGAAGUCUCGAUGUUUGAUGAGCUGGGAGGUGGAGCAACAGCUUUCAAGGAUAAGGAGUUGUUGACUCUGUCGUGUUUUGGCCGAUCGACUGAACCGAUCAAGAAGCUGAUUCAGCACGCAAAAGCGCAUUACCAUUUGGGUCACAACGCCAAGACUGUUAUCAAGCGUCCUGCUCCAAAAGACAUGCGUCGAUUUGGAGGUAGAGGCAGCUGGGUCAAGAUCGCAGAGCGUCCGUGCCGUCCAAUGAAGACCGUUGUAUUGGACGAGGAGCGCAAGCUGGAUGUCUUGUCCGAUAUCAACGAGUACUUGAACCCAGCUACAGCACGUUGGUACGCGAACCGUGGUAUCCCUUACCGCCGCGGCUACCUGUUCUACGGACCUCCCGGUACAGGCAAAACUUCACUCACUUUCGCGUUAGCAGGUGUCUUCGGCCUCGACAUCCAUGUUGUCUCGCUUCUAGAACCAACAUUAACCGAAGAAGAAUUGGGAAUGCUCUUCACCAAUCUACCAGCCCGCUGUAUCGUUCUUCUUGAAGAUAUCGACACGGCAGGCCUCAUCCGUGAACCAUCGGAAGAAGAGAAGAAUGGUAGCCAAGCAGCUGGAAACCCAGGAGACAAUGAUUGGAAUGUGGUGAAUUUGACGAAAGCAUUGAAAAAUGCCAAUCGAUUGUCCGAAGAGGAGAAGAAGAAGGGGAUUUCUCUCUCGGGGCUUUUGAAUAUUAUUGAUGGCGUCGCAUCCCACGAAGGCAGAGUCCUAGUAAUGACAACCAAUCACCCCGAAAAGCUUGACGAAGCACUCAUCCGCCCCGGCCGAGUCGACCACCAAGUAGCAUUCGGCAACGCCACACAGACCCAAAUCAAAGAGCUUUUCGAAAGAAUGUACACCAACGACUUACCUCGCACGAAACUCAUUAUAUCUAAUCCUACCGUAUCUCCAGCUCAUAAUGAGUCAGAGUCUCAACCUCAGUCAUCAUCACCGUCAAGUGCACUGUCCCCUCCUUCCACCGCCACCUCCACCUCUACCUCGAUCAGCGCCACCGACAGCACAACAGAUUCCGUCCCUACUCCUCCAGCCACACCAAUUUCACCAUCCCCCAAUUACCAACCGCCUUUAUCCACUCCCGCAUCAUCUUCGCCACCUAAAUCCUCCCCCUCAUCAAAAGCCCCACAACCCACUCCCCUUACAGACGCUGAACUCCAGUCCAUCGCCUCGCUCUUCUCUCUCGAGAUCCCAGACAAUGCAUUCAGCCCCGCCGAGAUCCAAGGCUUCCUCCUCAAGCGGAAGACGGAUCCGAGGAAGGCGCUGGCCGAGGUCAGGAGUUGGGUGGAGGGUGUGACAGAGCAGAGAAGAAGAGGAGUAAAAGUUGUUGGUGGAGGUGUGCAGUAGUGGUGUGCAAAGUAGGGAGGGUGGGGGUUAGGAUGAGGUGUCAUAGCAGUGAGGAGAAAUUGACGUCCGUGAUUGAUCAAGACGGAUAAAUUAGCAAGAAAUUGUCUAGAGGGAAGAGCCCGGGGGGUAAGUCUAAUACUUGGAGAAACAAUACACGAAAUAAGGCAAAGUAACGAUUUGACGAAGGCCAGGUCACGAGAGGAGAGGGGCGGUGGUUUUCUAACGUUUGCUCUGGCUUAGGGAAAAUACUUUCUAUUAAUGGGAAAAAGAAUGGAUUCUGGAAUAACAGCACAACAAAGAAUAGCGUGGGUAAUUUGGAAAUAGAUUGAACUGGAUUGGAACAGGCAUGACGGACGGAAACAGGAUGGGCCAACAGAGUUUGGCUGAAUAGUGGUUAGUAAUUUGGUAGGGAGACAGGUACGGGUAAGGGAUCUGCAUGGUAUGGUUUUCUAGUGUAUUUGAGUUGCAUUAUGAACGUAUGCCUUUAAUUUUCAACAUCUUGAAUUCUAAACAUGAAAUGAUGAAGAUAUAGAAAACGAGUCAAGGUUUUGGGGCACUGCAGAUAGUUAUAAAAAAUUCCUGGCAUUUUUAUUAUGAAGCUAACAUCUGGGUAUCCGCAGGUGUCUCAUAAUCAUAGGAGUAGGAAUUAAACUCAAGGCCCUGCUUUAUCGAUCCCUGCAAGACGUAUCAUGCUCCCAGGAAUCGGAUACUGCCAAUUUCCCAACCCAUUCGCUGUCUGAUAUCCUCUAGCAAGGGAGCCACGGGUGUAGCAUACAGUAUGUCAGAUGUCCGGUUGUCGUGAAGCUCCAGCACGCAUGUCAUCGAUUACACUUUCAAUCGUUACACUUUGAGGAGAAAGGACCGGCGAUAUCUCCUCGAGUAUCGGUUUUGGGAUUGGGAUUUUGAUUUGUGGCACACAUUGACGAAGAUUCUCCUACUCGAUCAUUAUUAGACUAAGUACGUACAAUCGAUUUUGACGAAUAUGCACUUAACUUCCAGCCCACUCCGAUUCAAUACACGAAUUGAAUUGAGCGCAACAACAACGUCUCUUGCGCUGUCGAGACUGAGCCCAUCCUUUGGAAAGGACAGCUAAAACGGCGUCAUAAAGGGCUUGUAUGACCAAAUCUCUGAUCGGUGCUGGUAGCCAUAUAUCGUACAUGGAGCUCCGCAAAUUGCGGAAACGAUUGGAGUAUUGUCAACAGCUUUGGCAGGACCUUGUUGUUAUCCCCUUAACUGCGUCACGCACGCACAUUCUUUCCAGGCUACACUGCCUGAAGCGGCUCGCUAAAUUUGAUUGUCGCGGGGCCUUUAGCGCAUAGACACCUUGAAUUCUGGUGACUUUCGCUUAAUUUGUGUCUUGCUACAGGGCAUGCCUACAGGCUGUGCGGCGAAUCGCAGUUAAGUAGAUAGACGUUACCGAAUUCAGGAUCAGUCAUGACGUCCAGAUGUCGACGUGGAGGGUAGCCAGCCAGUGUUGUUGUGCUCAAGUAGACAUCUUGUGCUAUUGAUAGCGCGUACCUCCAAGAAAGAAUGUGCGUAUUGUCGUCUUUGCUCUGUACCUAGUCUCGAAAACUCGGGGGAGGGUGGUGUCAGCUUCGCUACUCGUGCUUAUACGAUGGUUGAUGGAGACCGUCACGAGGACUUGGCAAGGGGGUUUGCAGCCAUGGGUGUUUGCAGCCAUUGCAACUUCGAAGGGGUUGUAAGUGCUGGCACGAUUCGAGGACAUUUCGAGGUCUUGUGAGAGUCCGCCUGUCCGCUGUUGUUCCUUCUGUGUUCUUUCCCUGGAGUUAAUUGCCAGCCAGAAACACGCUUUGACAGGGCACACUAAGUUAGUGCUGAGGCGACACGCUAAAUAUUCUACAGUAAUUUACAUUACCUAGUGCUGCCUAUCUGAAAAGGAACGUGCACUACCUACCUAGCUUUAGGCCAUAAAAAAGGAGUGUUCGUGUUAUUGGUUUGCUUUGUUGAUAUUGCGAGUGAAAUGAAU